GUCUCCUUUCGUGCACGUUUAUGAUUUCUCUGGCAUUUAUCGUGUUGACAUGUGAGGAAGGACCUUGGUGCCAGGAAAAUUAGAUCUUCAAUCUACAAGAUUUAGGCAUUUAGUUGUUGAAAAAAAGCGAAUUCCAGCCAAGAACUUCUACUCUGAAUAUGACUGGUAACCAAGAACAUCAUGAAGAUGAACGGCCAAAACAAGAUAAUAACUCAAUACUGUCCUCGAAUAAUAAUGAAACAACCUCAAAACACUCUGAAUUCUAUAAGAAACUGCCGUUACUUUUAUUCAUUAUGGCCUAUAUAUCAUUUUGUUGUCUUGGUGCACUUUGUUUAACCCUACUAGAACGACCUACAGAAAGACUAGAAAGAUUGCGCUUACACGCUUCACAAAUCAAUUUUUUGAGGACUAAUCCAUGUGUAUCAAGUGAAGAACUUCAGAAGUUUGUUAGUUAUAUUGUAUCAGCCACAAAAAUGGGUAUAUCAAUGACACCAAUUAAAAAUAUUAGCAAAUAUGACUUACUGAGCAUUCCUAAAAAUUGGCACGAAAAUUUUUAUUUGGAAAUGAAUGCUGAAGUAAAUGCUCAACUGGAAUCAAUCGCUAGACGUAUUCUAACUGAAGAAGAAAUAAAUAACAGCAGUUGGAACUUUUAUGAAUCAGUAUUUUUUGUGAUAACAGUUAUUACAACUAUAGGUUAUGGAACAAUCAGUCCAGUUACCAUAUACGGCAAAGCUUUUUGUAUAUUUCUGGUUGCUGUUGGAAUUCCAAUGAAUGUGAUCCUGGUUUCCGUACUAGCUUCUUUGUGCAUGCCCAUUAUUCGCAAGUCACGAAAUGCCCUAGUCGAUUUUUAUUCUUAUUCAAGCGAUCAUGAUACAUAUCAUAACAAGCAUAAUAAAAAUUGGAAACAUUCAAAUUUCAAUUCUUUAAGCGGACAUAGGAAAAGUAUGGAAGAUAUUAAACCAUGCCUAAAUAAGGAAAAUAAACAUAGAGUUUCAAAAUUGUUUUUCAAGCUUAAAUCUCUUUUCCGACGACAAGUUAAUGCUCCAGACGGACGAAGUGAAUCGAGUGUGCUUCAUAGAUCGUUAUCCGACAGUCGUUUAUCGAAUAACAUCGUGAAGAAAAAUCCCCCACCAACAGUAUGCAAUAUCACUGAGCCAAAGAAUGUCGUCGAAAAUGACGGAUUAUCAAAUAAAACUGCCUCAGUGACUUCCUUAUCAACAUCUUUAUCAACAAACAAGACUCAAUCUCAAAGUUCUCUGACAAUAAAAACAGAAAAUUAUCCAAAAGAUUUUAAUAAUGAUGAAAACGAUCAUGAAAUCUCAAAGCAUGAGCAAUCAAAUAAACCAAUAUUAUCUAUUAUGAAACAUCAUGAACUUCAUAUAAAUAAUGACAUAUCAAUGAAUCCCAGUUUAGCUUCGGUAAAAAUUAACAGGCCGAAAACGGUACUUGGUCACACUAAUGUACCGAAAAAAUUAACACAUAAAGUUUCUUUAAGUUUUGCAGCAAAUAACCAACCAGAUGCAGCUGACAACAGAAUAAAUCAGCUGGAUACAACUCAAUCAUCUCCUAGUCAAUUCAGUGGACACAUUGAAAAAGAAACUUAUGUAAAAAACGUUGAUAAACCAGCUCGACAUUCAUUGAGUGAAAUAUUUAGAGAAGUAACACAAAAUACAUGUAAUCUUAAUGAUUGCUUUUCUACAGAAACUUCACUAGCUGAUCGUGCUCAUAUUUCUUGCAUAGCAUUUCUACAUUACUUGUUAUCUAGAAGUGAUUUGGCUUUAACUACACAAGUUAAACUUUCACAAUUUCGAUAUGUGAAUGUACAUCAUGGUAUAUUUCGUUUACGAUUAUUACAUUUCUUCAUUGUAUUUUGUGUAGUAAUUACAUGCUCAGUACUUAUACCUGGGAUUAUAUUUACAUAUUUAGAACAGAAUUGGACAUAUUUUGAUGCAAUUUACUUUUGUAUCAUAUCACUUAGUGCAGUUGGUUUUGGUGAUAUGGUUGCAAGUGAAAGUAAAGACAGCAGUGCAUCAUCAUUAGUAACGAUAUUAUAUGUGAAGAAUAUUUACAGAGUAAUGACUGGAAUUUAUUUAGUGUUGGGAACCACAUUAAUUGCCGUUCUAGUGAGAAGUUUCCAAGAGAUUAUUGACUAUGAAUUUUCAAAUGUAACAGGAGGAUACUUCGACGAAAAAUUUAGUGAACACAUGGCACAUAAUUCAUGUUUAGAAUUACUUUUUGACGAUACUACACCUUCACAAAAUUGUAGAAAUCAAUUAAAUCAUAGAGAUAUGGGUUGAGAAGGUAUUCUGUAUUCCGAUUACAAUAAUAUACAGUUACCUUACAUUUUCAUGAUGUAUACGACACCAUACUUCUUUCUAGGUAAUUUAAACUAAACAACUGUUAUUUUUUAAUCCACACACUUUUUCAUAAUCCUCCGGCAGUAUACCUAUUAGAUGGAAUCCAAUAAACCGAUCAAAUGAUGUAUAUUAUCACCUGUAAUUUUACCACCCAUAUGACACUAAAUAUAUCACAUUAUUGCUGCCAUCAUCAUUUUAACACUCGUUUUUAUUUGCUACAAAAAUGAUAGAUUCGGCAUUUUCUUUAUAAAUUCGUCGUAAUCACUAAACUGAAGUAUUGUUCUGUGGCUUGAUAAUGCCCUUAACCUCUAACUAUUUUUUUAGUCAAUCAUUCAUUUUGCAUGUUGUUGGGCCAUCUAUUAUAAAUGUUCACAAAAUUAUUGAAAGGUUAUCUACUAAAAAAGCUAAUUUAUCAUAACGAAAUUUGAAAGCUCAAAUGUGAACAUGAAUUACAAUAAUUGCUUUAUUCAAUAUUAAAUGUUUAGUACGGUAAAGUAUAUUGGAGAUAAAGUACUUCAAAAUGUAAAUUUUAAUGUAAACUGACACUGCAGAAAAUAUGUACAUAAGCAAGUAAUAAAUAAUAAAAUGUACAGUUAAAAAUAACAUACAUUUAUUUUCAAACACUAAUUAUUUGAGAUAAUGCAAUUGCUACACUUUUUCCUCACAGAUGGAGGAAUUUUAAAAAUUUCCGUAUUUUUCUCGCGCAUAUAAUUUUCAUGUCUUUGUAUCUUGUUUUUCUAGUCAUUAGACGAUGAAAAGGUUGUAAGGCCAGCGUAUAUAUUGUUUUUGAUAAAAGAUACUUGUUUGUUGUCCGCGAAAUUUCAAAUUACUUUUUAUAGCCAUAUUCAUAAUCAUGCCGGUUAGUGCAAUAAAAUUACCAUUCAACCGCUUAUGCAACAUAUAAUUUGUCUGGAAUGUUUAGCAACGUCUGGAGAUAAGUAGAAUAAUGAUAGGUCGUAACCAAAAAGGUGGUGAGAAUCUUUUUACAUCACCAACAAGUCAUUUAAUCGGUACAGCCACGAAACAUCUGUUAUGAACAAUUUCCAAUAAACACUACAUAUACAUUCAGCAGUUUACAGUACUAAAUAUUUCUCGAUUUACGCAUAUUUUGGUUUUGGGUGAAAUCAAGCAUUUAAUACAUUUUAAAGUUUUCUUUGGUUUAGAUAGCAGUCAGCUAUAGCAUUAGUGAUCACCAACGUAGGUGAUCUAUGUCGAAUGAUUGAGGGCCUGCUAGAGUUAGACGGGAAUGGUGUGACGAACUAGCUAAUGUCGAAGUCACACCUCACGAUCAGCACCUUACGUGGAUUGUCCCAUCGACGUAUCAAGAUAUUAUAGAUGCUUUGAAGACUGUACAACACAAAGGACAUUAUUACAGAACGAUAUUAGUUUAAGUAGAUACAAGCGAAAGUAAGACCACCGCCGCAUGGGCCAGACCAUGGCGCACGAUUAAGUGAUGCGUGCUGGUUGUCCCUGAUGAGGAUCGAUGAUUUGUUCGAUAUUCAGUGACCCAACUGUCGGAUAAUUUGGCUAGGGCUCAGUGACAUUUCGCUGGCCCUACAGCACUUAGGAAACACAUUUUCCUUACUUAAAACUUGGUAAACAAAUGUACCAACAAAAUUUCUCCCUAGCCUAGAGGUCAUAUAGCUGAUGAACACAGCUCAAAAACUCUUCAUUGACAAAGAAUGUGCUACAAGAGACACAGAAUAGCCAAUUUAGGUUCCGGACUUGUCGAAACCAUGAUGACAGAUUUUCAAACUGGGGUGAUGCUGAAAUGAUUGACUUGCUAAAGACCUAAGGGAAACAUUUAUCUAACAUGCGAAAGUAUUUUUCGGAUACUAGGCCCAUGGUUAAGCUUGUUCUCCAGAUAUGUCUUUAUGAGCACACUGCAACACAGGAAAUUCCUAACCAGGAUCUAAUGUUGAUAAAAGGGUAGACAUUGUAAAAUCAACUUAACUAUGGUAAAGCGUGUGACUAACCAAAAGCUCUUUUAGAGAGUUAGUGAAAAAAGCAAAGACGAAGACCAAGUAUAAAUUGGUCACCUGGUUAGAAAUCUAAAUAAAUAAUUGCGUAAAUUAAUCUCAGUUUGCCGAUUCUAAUCCCUCAAAUAAGCCAGUCAUUUACCAUAAACUAAAAGUGACUUCUGAUAAGAAAGCAUCAUCUAGAUUUUUUCAUGACAUAAGUCCCUAAUACUCAAGCUACACCAGGAAAUACUAGGAGUUCAGAACAAUAAAUGUUACGAAACACAUCAGUUAUUUUCUGAACGUCUGUAGUUGGGUCGUCUAUUAAAAUGACUUUAAUCUCCACUAUCCAUUAACUGGGCUUGUUUUAGGCUUAGAGUCGCCAGUGAACUAUUUUGAUCACAGACUGUUUACAACCGUAUUCUGCUUUUUUAUGGUCCAUCAUUAGGUAUAUUCUAUCCAAUACUAGGAGCAACACUAUUCAAAUUCUCUUGACUCUAUCCUUCGCUGACACAGACGAUGUUAAUAGACAUAGGCACUUCCCACUAACAGAAGGUAUUAACUACAUCUCCAUUAUAUGUAAGUUAAAUUCCGCUACGGUUUAAAAUGCAGAAAUCAGAACGAAUAGCAAGCAAAUAUACUGGAGAUAAACUCCACACUUUCUUCUGGAUACUGAAAAUUCGUUUGUAGAGAAUCGGUUGAAGAAAUAUGGAUUUGCUAGCAGAAGUAACGUAACCUGGUAACUCAAUUUCACAUAUCUUGACUCUGAUGGGUAAAGCUUCAGUGACUUGAGACGCUCUUCAUGAGACUUGAAUUCGAGUCCCAAAUUGAUUUCGUGGCUCG